AAUUACAAUGUAUCCAUUAGUCUCGUAUCAACGCUAGAGGGAAAUACCCGACCGAGGACCAGGUAGCAAGCCAUGGCUACUGUGCAGGACUCCAUCUACAUGAAAUCCGCUGAUCUUAUCAAAAAGGAGCCUCUGGACUACGGUGGAUUCGGUACAGUGUAUCUGUGCUAUCACAAAACCCUCGGCCAGGUGGUUCUGAAGACCGUCUACACCGGGCCACCGCGUAAUGAGUGAGUAUAGCGGGCUAUGGUGUAGAGGAUUCCCCCAGUGUCUGUAAGUGUUGUGACUGUCACGCUCUACCGAGUUUCAUAUUGUAGUCUAAACCAGGGAUUCCCAAACUUUUUCACUCAGGGACCCCCUUCCAGCAUUGGGGAACAUCCUGUGAUGUGUAUAUUGCUAAAGUAGGCUAUAGUAGGCGGCCUAGUUAAUAAAUAGGGAUACAUCUCCAAAUUAACAUAUUUUCCUAGCUGGUAGUCUUGACCAAGCCUUCCUCCCUCUCUCCCUCAGGGGCAAUAAGCAGUCCCUGCUAGAGGAGGGCAGCCUGAUGAGCAGACUGAACCAUGAACGGGUGGUCAAACUGCUGGGGGUGAUCCUGGAGGAUGGGGACUACUCUCUGGUCAUGGAGCUCAUCCCUAAAGGCAACCUGCUGGCCAUGCUGGACCGGGUGAGAGGAUAUCACAACAACAACAACAGCUAACUUGUCUACACUGUCACUAUAGGAAUGAGGUUAGGUCCUGGACUCACAGGCCAGCCUCCUUCCUCUCACUGCAGAGAUGGAAGGUCUUCAAACAGAACUCCACAUUACAUUUUGUCUGUGUAAUAUCAACAAGCUAUUUUCUCUCUGGGCAAACAACUUGUAUAUAUUCCUGUCUUUUCUCCAGGUGCCUGUGCUGAUAUCCAUCAAGGGCAGGAUCAUACUGGAGAUUCUGGAGGGGAUGGUGUACCUGAUGAAGAACCGUGUCGUACACAAAGAUCUCAAACCAGAAAACAUACUGGUGGACAAGGAUUUUCACAUCAAGGUACAGCACCCACUGUAUAAUAUGCUUUAUUACUGUUUAUAUCAUUUACUUUACUGUGUGUGUGUGUGUGUAUGUGUGUGUGUGUGUGCGUGUGCGAAGUCCCCACAAGAAUAGUAAACAAACAAACAUUUGACCAACUGGGAAAAUGCUAUUUCUAGGGGGUUUAAGGUUAAGGUUAGAAUUAGUGUUAGGGUUAGAAUUAGUUUUAGGGUUAGGUUUAGGAGCUAGGGUUAGGGUUAGGGUUAAGGUUAGGUUUUGGGGUUAAGGUUAGGUUUAGGGUUAGGUAAAAUAGGAUUUGGGGACUGAAUUGUGUGUCCCAACAAGGUUAGUUAUGCAAGACUGUGUGUGUGUGUGUGUGUAUUGAUGUCUCUACGUUCGAUGUAUGUGUAUGAAUAUGGAUAUGUGUGUAAUCUGUGUAUGCAAUGCAUGUACAUGUAUGAAUAUGCAUGUCUGUAUCUGUGCUCCAGAUUGCAGACCUGGGCCUGGCCACCUGUCAGACGUGGAGCAGGCUGACUAAGGAGGAGUCUCGCAGGCAGAGCCGGCUGGGGCGUCCCGGGUCUGGGGGAGGGGGGGGCAGGGCAGCUGGUACUCUGUGCUACAUGGCUCCUGAGCACCUGGACAGCAUCCACACACGCUCCUCUGAGAAGUCUGACGUCUAUAGCUUCGCUAUUGUCGUAUGGGUCAUCCUCACUGGCCGUGAGCCAUAUGAAAGUGAGUGUUGCUCACUCACUCAACAGAGGCCUGUUGCAUUCAAAUUAAUCUGAUGCGAUUUCAGCCAUAUAUACUGAACAAAAAUAUAAAUCCAACAUGCAACAAUUUCGAGUUACAGUUCAUAUAAGGAAAUCAAUCCAUUUUAAUAAACGUAUUGGGCCCUAAUCUAUGGAUUUCACAUGACUGGGAAUACAUAUAUGCAUCUGUUUAUCACAGAUACCUUCAAAAAACGGUAGGGGCGUGGAUCAGAAAACCAGUCAGUAUCUGUUGUGACUACCAUUUGCCUCAUGCAGCGCGACACAUCUCCUUCGCAUAGAGUUGAUCAGGCUGUUGAUUGUGGCCUGUGGAAUGUUGUCCCACUCCUCUUCAAUGGCUGUGCGAAGUUGCUGGAGAUUGGCGGGAACUGGAACACGCUGUCAUACACGUCGAUCCAGACCAUCCCAAACAUGCUCAAUGGGUGACAUGUCUGGUGAGUAUGCAGGCCAUGGAAGAACUGGGACAUUUUCAGCUUCCAGGAAAUGUGUAGAGAUCCUAGUGACAUGGGGCCGUGCAUUAUCAUGCUGAAACAUGAGGUGAUGGCGGCGGAUGAAUGGCCCGACAAUGGGCCUCAGGAUCUUGUCACGGUAUCUCUGUGCAUUCAAAUUGCCAUCGAUAAAAUGCAAUUAUGUUCAUUUUCCGUAGCUUAUGCUUGCCCAUACCAUAACCCCACCGCCACCAUGGGGCACUCUGUUCACAAUGUUGACAUCAGCAAACCGCCUGCCCACACAACGCCAUACAUGUGAUCUGCGGUUGUGAGGCCGGUUGGACGUACUGUCAAAUUCUCUAAAACGACGUUGGAGGCGGCUUAUUGUAGAGAAAUUAACAUUAAAUUAUCUGGCAACAGCUGUGGUGGACAUUCCUGCAGUCAGCAUGCCAAUUGCACACUUCCUCAACACUUGAGACAUCUGUGGCAUUGUGUUGUGUGACAAAACUGCACAUUUUAGAGUGGCCUUUUAUUCUCCUCAGCACAAGGUGCACCUGUGUAAUGGUCAUGCUGUUUAAUCAGCUUCUUGAUAUUCCACACCUGUCAGGUGUAUGGAUUAUCUUGUCAAAGGAGAAAUGCUCACUAACAGGGAUGUAAUUUGAGAUAAAUAAGCUUUUUGUGGGUAUGGAACAUUUCUGGGCUCUUUUAUUUCAGCUCAUGAAACACCGGACCAACACUUAACAUGUUGUGUUUAUUUUUUUGUUCAGUGUAGUUUGUGAACUCUGAUAUAUUUUAUAGUAAGAGGUCCUUUGUUAUUUUUUAUGAAUGUAUAAGGUUUUUAGUUUUUCUGUACAGAUUUGAAUGCACUGAAUUAAUAUUGGACUACUGUAUUUCAGAUGCUCGGAGUGAGGACCAUAUCUGCCAGUGUGUCCGUAAAGGUGAUCGUCCUGAUGAAGACCUCAUCCCUGAUGAUACGCCUGUAGAGAUCAUAGAGCUAAUGAAGAGAUGCUGGCAUCAGGAUCCACAACUACGACCAACAUUCGAAGGUGCGUGUGCAUGUGUGUAGUGAGAUUGAGGUACAGGAAUUCCUAAAUACAGUAAAAUGCAUUACAGUGUACACAAUGCCAAUCAAUACAAUGUUAUUUGUAUAUAUUUGUAUAUUUGUUUAUCAUUUUAAGCUUGGAAAAGAGAACCUUAAACCCAGACUUGGGACCACACAGUCACUCCACUGAAUAGCAGGCUAGUGAUUACUUUGCAAUGCUUGCAGGUAGCCACUGAUUCCUUCCAAACCACUCAUUGUUGAAUUGGCGAUUUCCAACUUGUAGUGUAAUGUAUAUGUCCAAUGGCCGAUGAGCACCGAUACGUUUUAUCUAUUAUUUCUCUUCAUAUGACAAGGAUUAAAAAGGAUUUGCCAGUAGAUUGUCGACUUGAUUCAUGAUGAUGACUGCUAGCUAAGAUUUUGAAAGUAUGAUGUAACGUGAUUAACGUGAUUUGACGUCAUUUUAUCUGUGGCCAAUGACCUUGAGCCUUCAUGGAUGGGCACUUCUAAUGUGGCAGCACCCAAGGGGCUUGAAUUUUCGAGCUCUACCCUUAGAUUUGGCGGUGACGUAGUGUCCGCAUGAGUGACAGAACACUGAGCCAAUCACGGCGCAACUAGAGAACAUUACCAACCCCUACGCUCCGUAUUUUCUGCUGGCUACCCCACCACCACAGAAAACACUGAGCUAGGCUGAAACACCUGCAUUUUGGAGCUGCCUUACUCAAGAGAGCAAAAAAGAGGCAAUGUUUGUAUGGAGGCUUUAUUAACUCAAUGAUUAUUUAUAUAUUUUUACAUUGUUUGCAAACUGAUAUGUGACACGUAAAAAUACCAAAAUAACAUGCGAAACAGGCAACUCAAAAUGUGGGGCUCAAAACAGCCCUGAAUGACAGGUCGCCACUGUUCCUAAUGGUAGUGUAGAUAACCCCUGAGAGGUAUUAGACUCUAGAGGAGUCCCCAUCCACCUGUGGCUAGCUGGACAUACUGUAUAUAUGUGUGUAACUGGUGUGAAAUGGCUAGCUAGUUAGCAGUGCGCGCUAGUAGUGUUUCAAUUGGUGACGUCGCUCGCUCUGAGACCUUCAAGUAGUUGUUUCCCUUGCUCAGCAAGGUAAGGCAAUAGGUAACGAUGCUUCAUGGGAGGCAGUUGUUGAUGUGUUCAGAGGGUCACUGUUUCGAGCCCAGGUUGGGGCAAGGACAGGGACGGAAGCAAGACUGUUUCACGUGUACAGACAUGGCAUUAAAGGGGUUUUUCGACCCUCUCUCCUUCUCCCUCCCUCCCUCCCUCUCUCUCUCCCUCUCUCCCUCCCUCCCUCCCUCCCUCCCUCUCCCCCUCCCUCUCUACUGCACCUGCUGUCUCGACCUCUAAACGAUCUGGCCUUAAUGGCCAUGUACUGUUAUAAUCUCCACCAGGUUCCUGCCUUUCUAGGGAGUUUUUCCUAGCCACCGUGUUUCUACAUCUGCAUUGUUUGGGAUUUUAGGCUGGGUUUCUGUAUAAGCACUCUGCUGAUAUAAGAAGGGCUUUAUAAAUAAAUGUGAUUGAUAUUGCAGAGCAUUUACACCUUGUACAUUUCAACACAUAUUCAAAAAAAGUGCAAUAUGCAACCAAUAUGCUGUUUUCAUCUACAAAAGUCAACAUUGGACCUAUGAAUAAAUUGGUACUUCAACAAGCAUCAAUUCAUUGCAUUCAGGAGUCUAAUGUUACAUCAUGGUCUAAUACACAGACUAUUCUGUGGCUGUUGCUAUGUUAGUCAUGACUGCUCUAAUUUUCUAAUUUUCUCUCUCUCUACACAGAGGGCUACAACACCUUCCUUCCCGUCUACAGGGAGAAGUUAGAGCCAGAUGUAGAGAGGGACUCACUUGGUCUCAGAGUAAGUUGCAUGUGUGAACAAAGUAAUAGCACUGUCAUGAGUACAUCAUUGAAUUAACCAAGUGCACAACAAAGCAAAGUCGGAACAAAUACAGUAACUACGUGAAAGAUAUUGAUGGGUGUUUAAUAUUACCACAAUAUUACAAAAUGUAUCAUAAGGUCCAUAACACCUUUUAAACAAUAUUAUGCGUCCUGUGAUCUGUUUCAUUGGCAUGCAGGACUUGUACGAGGGGCCAGAGGAGCUGGUGGAGAAGAUGAAAUCAUUAUCCAUGCCCCCUGAGAGCCUCAAAGGAGGUGAGCAGUCUGAGCACAAUGUGAGGCAGGCUUCAUGGCCCUGACCCUCUAUAGCUCUCCACCUUACUACUCUACACCACUCACUGCCUUGCUAAACAGUCUCAGCGUGGUGGAAGCUUGCGUCAAGUUUUAUAUUUAAUUACUUUGCCUAAGCCCACUGAUCCAAAGGUUUGGACAAAGUGCACUGAACUAUUGGACAUGAAAGAAAAGGGAUACAAAAAUUGAAUGUGAUGGGAUGCACUAAGACCUCAACUUGAGAUCUUUGCCAGUUUCUAGAUUUACCAUUCAAAUCUCUCAUUCUCAUCAAUAAUCAAACCAUUUAUACGACAAGUUAUUCACCUUGAUCUUAAUUUAGAAUUCAGCUAUUAAAAAUGAACCCUCUACCACUUCUCCCUAUAGACCGGCCGGCUCCCUUGCUGACCUCAGACGGUGCUGGGGCUGUCCGUGUAGAGGCUGGUCCAGUGGAGGCCAGCAUCGAGGACCUGAACCUCUUCCUCCCCUGUGAGACCUCCCUAAUCCAGCCAGAUGCCUGGACCCUCGACCCGGUCAGCACCACCUCGGGCAUGGAGCUCAAAAUGGUCAGCGACUGCUCAGCCCUGGAAGUCAAACUAGCCCAGGAGUUGGAAUAUCACAAAUAUGGCAGCUACAGCCGGAUGGAACAGCUUGACUUCAGCCCCUACCCUAACCCUCACCCUGCCACCCCACAGCGCCUCUGCUCACAGGACCCCACCGCCAAUAGAGGGCUCCCCGACCUCAGUCCCUUCCAUCCCUCCACGUCCCCAGUAUCCUCUGUCCAGUCCUGGACCAAAACCCAGGCCGUCCAGCCCAGCAGCGUGGAGGUGGACCCCCACCUCCGUCUUUCUAGCCUAGGCCUGUACGAGGCCGCGGCCCCCUCAGGGGCCACCACCCCCAGGCGCCAGCUUUCCAGCCACAUGCCUGAGUCCUCCAGCAGCCCCUCUCUAAGCCAGGGCCAGUACUCCCCCCAGCAGCAGGAUCCCUACGCCCAGUACUACCGCCUCCAGUCAUUGCCAGCCUACCCAGUGCCAGAGUCAACUGCCCCAGACCUCACUGCAGGGCUGCGCCUGAACUCGGGUGCCAAGGUUAGACCUCCACAGGACCCAGGUAGGGGUGAAGCACAGAGAUUACAGUGCUUGUUACCACUAUUACCAUUAUUACAGCUGAUGCAGAUUCCCCAAUCAGCAUGACAGCUAUCUACCACUUCAAUUAGAAAAGCAUUUAUAAGAAACAGUAUGUGUGUGUGUGUGUGUGUUUUGCAGGAGGCCUGUUCAUCCAUAACGCCAGUGGGAUCCAGAUAGGCAGCAACAACACACUGAGCAUCAGGGACCACGAGACUUACAGCAGGUCAGCCAGCUCUCUCUCCAAUGGGGCAAACUCACACUCUCUACUCAAAGAGACCCUGCAGAUGUACGGUAAGAAUAGAAUCCUGCAAAGAGGAGCCUACUUCCUGAAAAUAGACAUCUUCCUAUUUUUCUAUGUCAUGUUUUCUACUUCUAGUCCCAUAUUUUGUCUAGCCACAAUAUAGGGGUUCUUACAUUGUUUGUUUACACAUUUAUAUAUUUGGGGUUCAGAGGAGGCUGAUAUAGGAGGAUGGGCUCAUUGUAAUGGCUGGAAUGAAUGGAACGGAGUCAAACACGUUGUUUCCAUGUGUUUGAUAGCAUUCCAUGUAUGCCAUACCAGCCAUUACAAUGAGCCCGCCCUCCUAUAUCUCCUCCCACCAGCCUCCUCUGGUGGGGUUAUAAUUGGGUUGGAUAGUUCAACUAAGACCAUGGGGCAUUUAGAAGUGCUAUUAUUUAACAGUAAAUUGGUAUGUAUCAUUAAAUGAGAGUAAAUUAUCAAAAACCCUUGUAAAUAUCACAGAAAAGGGUUGUUAACUUCCAUUUUACACAAUAUGUUCCGUUGUGUCCUGUCCCGUGUUCAGAGGACCAGGCAGUGACUGAAGAGCACCUUGAUCUCCUGAGAGAAAACAUCGGGAAGGAAUGGAAGCGCUGUGCCCGUCGUCUGGGCCUGAGCGAGGUGGAGGUGGACACCAUCGACCAGGACUACCAUCGUGACGGGUUGCCUGAGAAGGUGCACCAGAUGCUGGAGCGCUGGAGGAUGAAGGAAGGCUGUGUGGGCUGCACCGUGGGCCGGCUCUGCAGAGCCCUGGAGAACUGUGUCAAAGUAGACCUGGUAAAGAAGCUUCUUCUUGCCUGCUGGACCAAUACUUCUCCGUAGGUACAGUAGACUGUAUCUAUUCCAGUCCCCCCUACCCCUAACCCAGAGAGAGACUUUCUACUCCAGCACUCCACCCACAGACACCCUUAAAUUCCUACCAACCAAUGUAAUGUGUAAUGUUUGUGAGUUGAGUUGUUAGUAUUGAAUUUUCCUGCCAUAGGAUAUGAGUGUACAGGUUAGAGUUCUCAUUCACAGCCCGAACCCGACAGGACCAGUCCUCAAAUUCUGUGAAUCUACUGUGCGUGUCUGUGCACCUUUUAGCUUUUUCUCAGCCACAGCAGCGCCAGGAUUCCAAUAUUGGCUGGGCCAGAGAAAUUUGUGGCCAUGAUGAAACUUUUUUUCUGAUGAUUGAAAUGUUUCAAAACUGCAAUAUGAAUAAGCUGGAGUGCACUCGGGAGAAUGAUGAUCCACGAGACCACGACAGGCAGCGCAUCUCAGUAUCAGGAGAAGCCCAUAUUCCAAUGGCAUCUUUUAAUGCCGAUACAUCCAAACAAAAUACACCUUAUG